AAACUGCAUUCUCGGUCGCAUGCACAAUUUACGUCUGGGAAGCUCUGCAGGAUAAAACGGCCCGUCCCCAUCCCCAUCAAUACUCACAGGAUACACUCUUCUUGUAAGGAAAAAUAGUACUGUGACCAUGGAUUACAAUGCCUACUUAAACUCGGCCUUCGAGCUGGGGCAGGAGCUCCGUGAUAUGAGGGUCUUCAGUCUUCCUGCCUCCUUAUCCUGGGGAGCUAUACUCUCCUCCUUGGGGUUCGUAAACGCGCUUGUUGCAUUUCCUUCCGUCGUAGUACCUAUACAAAAUGGUUUUAACAACCAAGCAGCUUCAGUGUACGGUGAUACAGGUAAUUUUGAUGGCAAUGGGUCAACCUUCGCUGCACAAUACUUGGGGUGUACGAUGGAAUUACGUAUGAUCUACCAACCGUUUGGGGCGAAGGCGACGAUAAUCUGAUAGCUGAAGGCCAAAAAAUUGAAUUAACAAAUGCAACAUAUAUACACGAAUUGCAUGUUUUGUAUUC